CCGAGAGCAUGGUUCUCCGAGACCGGAGCACCAACCGGCCCUUCCGGGUCCGGGCUCAGGAUGAGGACUUUGCCGCCGGGCUGAAUCCAGAUGUGAGGUACGAGGUUCAGUACAGCAGCUACGUCAACGUGACCUCUGACGGCUUUGUGGUCCUGAAGAGAGUGGUGAAGACCGAGUCCUUCGCCCUCCAGCUGCGUGCCGUGGACGCGGUGACCGGCGAGUUUGGAACGGCGGCGCUCUCCGUUCAGGUCAUUCCCGCUGUAGCCAUCCCCUCCCCCGCAAACACUGGCUAUCGCCCAGGCGACAUGGCGCUGCUGGGCCUCGUCAUGGCGGCUCUGCUCGUCCUUUCCCUCAUCGUGAUUGGCUUCCUGGUUUCCCGCUUGUGGAAGGGAAAGUCCAGUUUGGGAAACUUGUGUCAGUGCCUGCAGGGCGAGGAGCCCCGGGCCGGACGCCGAGACUCCCUGCAGUACACCAAUGACGGCUUCCAGAACGAGUCCGACCGCGGGGGGGUCCGCCGCUGGAACGCCACUCCCAGGCGCAGCACCUUUCCCCAGCCCCGGGGCCGGGUCCUACCCCUGGAGAGGCGGGGCCACUGCGCCUCCUGCGGCAUCUACAGCAACCACGUCCCCAAGGGGAGCCCCGUGAUGAGGCCCAGCAGGAGGGGCCGAGGAGACGGGGACGAGCUCGGCGUGAGGUCCAUCCUGUCCCAGCAGCCGCGCCGGGAGGGGGGGAAGAGCGUGUGGUUCAAGCAGAGCGACGACUCCUCCGACAUCGAGGUGGAGAUCAUCCCGGACGCUGUGGGCCGGGUGGAGGAGGAGACUGAGGAGGAGCUGGAGGUGGAGAUGGAGGACGUGGUCAGAGACCCUGCCGCACCCAUGAGGCCCCCCGAGGACGUGCCCGACAGUGAGCGCGUGCAGACCAGUGAGGAGCAGAACCCCACAGAACCUGCAGAACCGGGCUCAGACAGGGGGGAGGUGGGGCAGCAGGAGGAGCGCUGAUGGCGGGGGUCAGAGGUCAGACUGAACAAACAGCCUAGGAGCACCUGUGAGGGCGAGGGGGAUGGACAGCCUUUUUUUUACUUUCACAUCCCACCCCCCUGACGCUGCAGCACCUAUGGAGACCAAAGUUCUGCGGUUCUCACAGGUUCUUCACGUUCCAUUCAGACAGACUAAACGUGUGCCCCGCCCCCCAGCGCAGCAGACACAAACCACGCUGAAGCGGAGCGGCUCUUCAGAAAACAUCAACAUGGUCACAGGUCUGAGUAACCCCCUCCUGUAGGGGGGGGUGUCUCCCAUUGUCCCGGCGCUUCCCGGUGGGAAUCUAUUACUCUGGAGUUCUGAACAUUAAGAGCACGCCUGAUGUUUCAGCAGAAACUGUCGGGUUUUCCAUGCAGGUGGGACACAGACCAGGUACGGCGGCUGCAGGGUUAAAGCCACGGCAACGUUGACCUGAAGGCCGGAGUUUGUUCACGGUGACCCCCGGUGAGGUUGGGAAAACGUUCUCACAGAUCCUCAUGCGAAUAUUAACCUUGAUCCCCCAAGAACGGCCCUUCAAGUUGUACUACAGUAAAAGUAUCAUUCUAGUAGAAGUACAAAAGUGAAUAAUUUCCUUCACAGUUUUUCAUCUUUUUGGCGUCAAUAAAGUUUUCACCAUCAUGUUGGAUAGUCAGGGAUGCGUUGGCUGACAUCCGUUUCUUAACCGAACCUACAACUUCCUUUAGUAAAUACUGAAAAAUAUAUAUAUUUCUAUUUAUCUCAAAAUUUUGUCCCAUUUUUGCGUCCUACAUAAGUGUUAGAUCAAUGUUCAAUAUAAAAAUCAGCGUUUUCGUCAGACGUUUCAAAAGGGUCUAGCCUGUUGAGGCUUGUUGUAGAUGCGCUGAUGCGUCCAUAGUGGUUCCAUAGUUGAUGGUCAAGUUAAUGGUUCCAUUUCUGGACAGAAUUCCCUAAAAUCGGUUUGUUUUCAUUAACGUGCCUCUACUAUGGUGCAAAAAUGUUACACAUCUGGACAGUCACAGUCCAUUGUAACCAUUGUGUCCAUUGUAAAGUGUGCCGCAGUAAAACUACUUUCUAUGCACAAAGUUACUGAAGUAAAAGUAUCUCAGUUCUUUAAGCUUUACCCAAGAGCUCCACACAGAGCUCCAUUAACUCCGAGACAUCUUUGUACUAAACCCUUCAAAUUCUGAUCAUGUUGGUGAAAAGUAUAACAAGCUGUCCUGUUUAGUUUUGUAAAGUGACUGAAAAUGUUGAAUAAAGUUUUCUGGUGGUGGGAU